CGUGCAGGUUAUUUACGUAUAGGCAAUGAUUUUAUGAAAUUCACAUAUCUAAAUUCACGUGCGUAAUUAAUGUACGAGUUCGCGUUCGCGUUCGCGCAGGGGCUUUAUGAGAUGGGUGAACUGCAGGACAGAGAUAGGCUAAGCCCGGCCUACAAGCUGGGUAAGCAGAAGUGUUCCUACAACCAGGUCCGGCUGGACUUCUCCAUGCUGGGAGGGCAGCACGCUGACCUUUCCGUUGCGGAGGCCAUCGAGUCUCCAGUGGGCAAUGACCUGGGGGAACGCCUGCGUGAGUGCUCGCUCAAAUUCAAUGUCCGCUUUUCGAACAACUAUCGCGUACGUCUGUACGUGGUUCUCGUAUACUCCAAAGCGUACUGCGAACUUAGCAGCAACCCGGUCAGUUGCACGACGACACGAGUGCCAACCCUCACACAAAUGGGAGGCGCAGCGGGUUGCUGCGAGGAGGAUGUGCUCUCCACGUCUGCAAGAAGGAGGUUCGGCGGUGGAGGUGUACACGUGCUGCCUCUGCCGGCCUCCCACUCCCGAACGGCCGGUCCUGGCAGUGGAGGGGUAGGAGGGGUAGGAGGUGUGGGAGCCGGAGGGGGAGGAGGUAUUGGCUGCUGUGCAGGCGGCGUCGACAGGCCGGUUGUUCGAUUACCUUAUCGCUGGAGGGCCGUUAGCAGAUCAGCGUGCCAGAAGCAGUGCACGGGUCCGAUCCUGCGAGGGUUACAGAGGUUCGGGAAAGUGGCGAAGAAGAAGAGCGGAAGCAAGGGGUCGGACUCCGAGGAGGAAACGUGGAAAGAGCCCAAGCAUCUGUACAUAGCAAUUGAUGAGGCAAGCUCACAUAUUUCCAUCGACGACCCAUGCAAGCGGAAUUCCCCCACGAAGCCCAAUACCCGCUUUCGUCUGGCUGUGGCGGUCUUCAAUGACUCGGAUCAGAUCAUCGGAACUGCAGUGUCCAACCCGAUUCAUGUCGUUGCCAACAACGAUGCACCCAAAGGAGUUGCUCGCAUCACCCUCCAGUGCUUACUUAACGGUGGAAGUGGCUUGCAGUCCUCGCAUGUGUCGGACGCAUACAGCGCUCUGCCACUCCGACAUAACUUUACUACCCCUCUGUCGGCAUGCUUGGACUCGUCGGCGCCCUUCACAUUCUCUUCUCAACUCUCUCAUCCAUCUCCAAGGACCCCUUCUUCAGCUCUUCCAUCGCCAUGCUUACCAGCUUUCUGUAACCGUUCUUCACAGUCCUUCUCUGCGACGGCUCCUGGAGCUGACAUUACAGCAAGGCUUUUGUCCUCAUCUACGAGCUUCCUGCAGAAGGAACACAUGCCAGUGGGUCCUCCGCCUAGACCAGGCAUGACCGUAGGAGAAUCAAUGGCAGCAUCUUAUCUGCUUCAGAUGGCGGAACGACAAAUGCGUCGGGCAAAGAAUGAAUAUGUUUGGUGCGGCAGCAGACUUGUUUCUGAGACCCUCCAGCGGCUAAAGGCCGACGUGUUGGCAGUUCAAGCUGUCGAGCAAACUGAGGGAGCCUGCAGCGUGCAGGAUGUGACAACUCUGUCAUCCACCGAUGAUCAGGAGGAGGAAAUUACUAUGGACAGCAAUAUGAACCUUAGAGAGGGCGAGACUGGUGGAGGUGGGCAGAGUUCACAGCGGCAAGCUAAUUACAACCAUGACAUGGAAACUGUGCAUGGCAGUCGCAUGCAACGGAGGAACAAGUCCCUGCGAGCUUUGAGUGAACGCUUUGUGCAACUAUUUCUCUUAGAUGAGGAGCGAGCUGUAGAAUGGGAAUAUGUUGUUGGUAAAUUGCUGGGUGUUGCAUGCGACACACAAAAUCUUCAAACGAAGGCGCGGAGGUUGUAUGAUAUUGCCAACAUUCUGGGAAGCCUUCAUCUAGUUACAAAACUCCAGAUCUGGCCCCAGGCUCCAAACUCAAUGCCUCGUCCUGCGUACAAGUGGCUGGGAGCACGUGGAGUGGAGCAGAGACUUGCAAUGGCGCUGGAGUUGCAUUCACCCAAAGCUACAGGAGUCUCAGGAGUCACAUAUGGCGCAGGUGUUGCAGUUGGCCCUUCGAAGAGUCAUAGAAACGUUGACGAGCAGCUACUGAAAGAGGUGGUAGGGAAUGCGUCAUAUGGAUCUCAAAGGAGCCUCCAGCAUGUAGAGCCUUGGUUGGGAACCAUCGGCUGCAGAGGAGGGAUGGGAUCGCUGAAGAGAGAAAGAGAGCCCAGCGAGUUGACGCUUGAAGAAAGGGUCCGGAAAUUUCAAUUUCGGUCAUCAAUGGCAUGCCAAACCGCUGAGGGGAACACAAACAUGAACGCAGUGCCUUCGUCGUGCAAUGCCAUUCCACCCAAUCAUGUGCCACCAUGGUCAGGAGACGUGUUCAGAGGGGGAGGUACUGCCAAUAUCUCUCCUGCCAUACGCCACCUUGGCUCCCUUAAGAGAGACAGGGAGGAGGUGGUCCUUAUGGAGGAGAGACUGCGGAAAGCUCCAUUCGGAUCGUCGUGUGAAUCUCAGCUCUAUCAUGCAGCAAGCAUCAACCAGGACGAUGGCCUGCCUUCGUCAAGUGACACGGCCCUGCCGGCUGUGGGACCUUCCCUGUCAAUGGGCCUCAGCAUAAAUGCGGAAGAUAACAAGAGAGUCCGGCGAUUCAAAGGCUUAGGUGGGGGCACGCUGACAACACCCGUUAGUGCCAACUCUGAAAGCCUGUAUCUUGUGAGACGACCUGGGCGAGCACAGGAAUUGUCGAUGGUGCACUCGCCUCCUCUUCCUUCUGUCGCAGCAGCAACCGCAGUCGCUGCAUGUACAUCCGUCGACUCGAGGGAUUGCUCAUUUGCCACUAGCUCAUCGCCCAGACCUGAGCGGUCAUCAGAAGGUGUAGGGGAGAUCUCUGGUCAUAGCGAGUGGCGGACCGGUGAAUCUCUCCGGUUCUUCAACUCGGACGAGGCUGUAGAGAAGUCUUCCUAUGUGACAGAGCAGCGGAGAUGCAGUCGGAAUGGUGCUGGCUCUGCGGAAGCGAUGGUAAAUGGCCAAGGAAGUGCCGCACAUGUCCGAGGAGAGUUUGGUCUCAGACUGGGUUUGCAAUGUAGUGAUGACCAGGGUCAGCUUCAGCAUAUGUGUCCCAAGUCCAGAGCCCACCGCAGCAAUUGUUGUGCUACCAGCAGCGGCGCCAAGGAUGCUCUGCAGGAAGGUACCAAUGAUGAUUCACUUGUCACUGUGCGUUCGCUUUUGAACAAGCCUGAUGACGCUCUGUCGUUGGGCCUCGGCUUUUCCUCCAAAAGGCACUUGGAACAGCGUCCGGCGGGAGCAGGCCACUCCCACAUGGACUUGAAUGGACCGUUCCCAGCAGUCCCUGUUCUUGACACUGGAAGAGAGGAGGAAUUCGCCCAGCAGGCGGGAUGCACAUCUUCGUCAAAUUGGCCUCUUGCCAAUCGGCUUCGGACUGGGCUCACCACUCAGCGGUUAAACGAGGUUGUGGAACAGCGCCCAGGCUUCAUGAACGACAUUGUACGGUACUCCAAUGCUCUGAGAGGAGCGCUGAAGUCAAGUCGGGCUCCUGGUGGCACAGGGACGAACGCUGCGGAUGGCAUCUACUUGAUGGAUGCGGUAAGCUCACAGGAACGUCUUCAAACCAUAGUUAAAGGUGAUGUAGGCUGGGCCAACGGGCAUCAAGAUGAGUGCAAGACAAGGGAAGGAUGUGGUUGGGAUCUGGAAGCCUCCAAGAGGGAGAGAGAGAGAGUGCAGCAGCGGACAGCAGCGAUUCAUGCCACCGAUUCGUAUGAAGCUGCUGGUGAUAAUUUGGCUAUCCGCUUGCACUCAGGUGAUGAAAUGGACACCACGAUGCAGCCAAGCGAGGCAGCAGCGGAAUGUAGGAGAAACAGUGGUGUCAGCCCCCCCCAUGAGUUGGUAAUCAGGGUACCUGAGGUCUUAGCGAGAGAAAGGAGGAGCCCUGAGUUGGAAAGCACCAACGGCCAGGAGGUCGGCAGGACAUUUAUUGAUUGCAACCAACCGGCGAGUGACGACUGUGAGGGAAGCAACUGAAACAGCAUGCUGCUGUGAUCAAGGUUCUGCACAGCCGAG